AUGUCGGCGCAGGAAAUUGCGUCAUUGGCGUGCGACGCUCGAGAAAACAAACGCAAGAAUAAGCGGACGCUCGAGAGAAAGCUAGUCUCUGGGCUAGCAGCGGUUACGGUUGAGGUUGCGCUGUUUCGGGAACUCGUGAUGGCUCUGGACGUGAUCAGCGUGUCGUUCCUGAAGUACGAGCUCGCCUCGACGAUCGACCAGGCGGUGCGCUGCGCCGUGGACACGGUGCUGAAGGAGACCGCGCGGAUCGUCGGCGCGAGGCUGACCGAGGCGCGAGACGCCGCCGCCGAGUCGCGGCGCGAGAACCGCAGCCUGCGCGAGCGCCUCGAGGUCUCCGAGAGCGAGCUGAAGGCGGUGCGGUACUACAUGAGCGCGGCGGAGAAGAACAUCAAGCAGUGCCUGCUGUUGAACCGCAACCGACCGCCGUCCUCGUCCUCGUCGUCCUGCACCGUCACCACGGCCACCGACGAGCUCCAGCUCUCCCCGGAAACCCGAGAGUCGUCCCAUCUCAAAGGCUUCCGGACCUCCGCCAAACCGGUCCCGAGUGUCGGCCUGUGUUUGCCCACGGUGCAGCAGACGUCCGACUGGCCCCGCUGCGUCAUCAACCGGCGCAGGCUGCGCUCGAGCCGAGUCCCGGAGUCUGACUCGCUGCAGGUGCAGGUCCAAGCCGAGGAGCCUGCAGAGGAUCAGUUCUACAUCUCCGAGGAGGGCGUGAUCGAUAAGGAGUACAAGACCUCUGCUGGUACAGUGCAGGAUUUUGGGAGAGUUCUUCAGGAGGAACAAGAUGCCGCUGGGUCGUCCAUGAAGGCCCCCGACGAGGCAUGCGAGAUGGGCAGGUUCGAGUUCGAGAUGGCCGCUCCGGCGGGUAACGUCAACGAGCUGAGCCUGAUCCAGGUGAUGGAUAACAGCGAGGAACUCAAGCAGAACUCUGUAAAAGUCGAAGACGAAGUGGAAGUUCAGCCUUUAGACCCUCCGCCUCUUUCUCUCUCUGCGGCUACCUCUUCCUCGUGCGCUCAGCCGCAGAUCAUCUCUCCUCCGGGGCCCGCUGUGGACACGGAGGCGCCGCCGGGCCUGAUGCCGCCCGUCGAGGUGACCGACAAGGUGCACCGCUGCAACGUGUGCGGACGAGGCUUCCGGCGCUUCUACUGCCUCAAGACGCACCAGCGCAUCCACACGGGCGAGCGUCCGUACCCCUGCCGCUACUGCGAGAAGCGCUUCCGCCACUUGGACAGUCUGCACAAGCACCAGCGCAUCCACACGGGAGAGCGGCCAUACCGCUGCGCUCAGUGCGGCUGCUGCUUCCGCGAGCUCGGCCAGCUCAAGAAACACCGCCUCAAACACUCCCCCACCUCCGUCGCUCCUCCCGCCCAUCCCACGCUCUCUCUGCUCCCGAGCGCCGCCUCGUACACCUGGCAACACCUCAACUCCCAGUCGCUCGAUCUGGUGUGAGCGAUCAACCACGCGAACUACACAGACAUGACCUGGUCAUGUGCCUGAGUACAAAGAACGUGUAAAGGUAGCAAUGAAUGUUUAGUGUUUUUUUUUUCUAUUGUUGUCUUAUUAUUGAACAGAUUUUAUCAGAAAGCGGUUACUUUGUCUUUGUUGUGGGCCGGACUUGUGAUUCGGUCGAGUGAUUAGUGUCGAUUAUUAAUCCUUGCUAGAGCUUCUAAAUGUUUUCUACGCUGCUUGUCAAACAUGUAUAUGAAUAGCCUUCUCAUCUACAGAUAAACAUUCUUUUCUGUAUGAUAUAUAAGUCCAAAAUAGGAUUUUUGAAAUACGUUUUAAAUUUGUAUACGUUUGCAAUUCAAGCGGUAACAUGUUGCUGUUCCUCUGCAAUCCAGCAGGUGGUGCCCUCAAAAUAAUUUAAACAGCACAGCAUGAGUUGUUUGGAAUAACAUCUGGAAAAUUGAAAUAUAUAUUUUAUAUAUAUUAUAGUGGAAUUCUAUUGACUCACUCUGAUAUAUUUAUAUACACAUGCAUGCAUACAGAGUCAGCCAAAAAAAUGUUCACACAUUCCAACAGUUGUUCUCUGCCCUUUUUUUAAUCCUCUAAUUGAUUGACUCUCAUAUAUGAGCAAUUUAAAAUUUCAGUAGCGUUUCAAUAAUAUUUAUUGUCUUUUUUUUUUAUGAGGGUGAGUCAAAAAUUAUCCACACUCUGUAGAGUUUACUCUUUGAUCGUCUGUUAAAAAGCUUUGGUAUUCCCUCAUUUAAAAAAGUUUUCGUGAGCCACGAAUGCACCGCUGUCUUCAUCCUCGUAGUUCUGCUUUCAGGGGACCAGACAGGUGAAAGUCUGAUGGAGAGAGAUCAGGACUUUAGGGAGGACGCUUUAACACCUCAAAACACAGUUUUUGCAGAGUGUCCACAGUGUGGGCGGAAGUAUGCGGACGCGCAUCAUCAUGCGACGUCGAGAAGCCCUCGGAAAGCUUAUGUCCUCUUUUUCGAAGUUAAGGCUUCGGAUCUUCACUAAGUGUCUCACUGUAACGAGUGCUGUUGAUUGUCAAAGCUUUUCCUUGAUGAAGUUUCAAUACUUCUGGUCCUGGAGAAUCUCGAAAAUUGUAAGCAUAAAUUUUUUUACUCUUUGCCUUUUCGUCUCAGGAUCGUAGUAAUGAAUCCGUGUCUUGUCACCAGUAAUGAUUCUCUUUAAGAAACUUUCACUUUCCUUAGAGUAUCGGUCCAAACUUUAUGCUGAUAUUCAAACGCUUUUGUUUGCGCUCAUGAGUUGUUUCAGCACCACGUACACCCUCAGACCACAAAAAAAAAAUAAUCACAUUUUAUUUUUGACUCAUACAGUACGUAUGCACGAUACUUACAGUAUCGAAAUACAAAUCUGAUCAGCACCUUAUCUACAGACAUUUUGUCUUUGUGGUGUUUUAUCUCUGCUGAAAUAAGUCUGCUAAGGUUUUUCUCUAUAAAGCCCCUCCGAAACAAAGCUAGUGUAAAAGUGUUCUGCAAGCUGAGACGCCUUUGUUUCUAGUUUCAUUAAAAGCUUGUUGUUCACAACAUUAUUCCUUUUCCCUGUGAGCAGCAACUGAAGCCUGUUUUUUUUUUUUUUUAAACAAAUAAUACAAAAUGCCCUCGACCCUAAAAUUUUCUAAAUGGUGAUACUGCAUAAGGAUAUGAACACGUCAAUUAUUUCCACUGUGAACAAAGUCAUUCGAGAUGAAAACUCUUUUGUAUGGGUGUGUAUGAGCACUUAAGUCCUUAUGUGGAGCAAAACCAUGUAACUCUUGUUUUGUCUCCGACGAGCAGUGAUUCAUAAAGUAUGCUGAUUGUGGCUUUAACGUGCUUUGUUGUAUAAUAUUGCUUAAAAUGCUGAUAUUAUUAAAGUGUCAUUGAUUGCACUGGA